CCUGCGUUAACAGACUGUCCAAAGUUCGAACGUCAAGUUUCUGAACUCGUCGCGCAUAUCAAUGGGGAACAUGGGAAAUUGUAUUUCAUACCCGUACACCACUACCACCCGACCCUCAGAAAGGACGAAUUUUACGCACUGCUGAGCGCUGCAGACCUCAGGGUGAUCACACCCCUCAGGGACGGAAUGAACACGACCUCCAUGGAGUUCGUGAUCGCGCAAGAGCGCACGAAGAGCUCUUCUUUCGUUUUGAGCGAGUUUAUGGGUAUCAGUCAGCAUAUGGCUGAUGCGCUGCAAGUGAAUCCUUGGGAUCUUGGAGAUGUAGCGGCUGCCAUGAACCGCGGGUUGGUGAUUUCGGAGGAGGAGAAAGCGUCAAGGCACGCGGUGUUGCACAAGGUCGUAACGACUCACACCUCGCACACGUGGGCUGCGGUCCAUAGUUUCUAUAGACCAAUAGUUAUUGUUUUCAUUUCGUCGAUGCUGGGAGUUUGGCGCACAGGAUGUACAAGGGGCUUCGCGGCUUAUAUUCAGAUGUAA